AACCACGAAAUAGCAUAAAAACUUGAUAUUAUUUUUUAGUGAAGCGUGUUUUAUUUAGUUUCAAGAUCUGAAGAUAGAUUUUUCACUAAAGCUGCUACUAUGGCAAAUGUUAACCCGAAAACAACAUUGAUUCCCUCUAUAUCUAAUCGAUGUAACAAGUAACAAUUAACUAACCACUUAUAGUUCACGACGUUAACAACAGUAUCAAUGGUUAUUUGGAAGAAAUUUCCUUUACAUAUACUGACAAUUUUUCCAAAAGCCCCAUACAGUUCCAUGCCAAUCUAAGUAUCUAAAAUAACGCAAAUGCUAAUAUAGACUACUGGUAAAACAAUUUCAACUAUUAAAAACAACAGUUAACAUCUUGUCACUCUGGAAAAUAUUAGCUUUCUUUAACUUUUACGGUAGCCGAUGUUAGUCUGGCCGUUUUAUAUUGCUCUGUUUCAUUUUAUAAACGAUAGAAAUUACCCUGUUUGUGACUCUGUAAACUAGGUAUUUGGUACAUAGUCAAUCACCAUCUUAAUAUUAGUCGAUAUAUUAAAUAAAACAAAGAGAAUAUAUGUUCAACAUUGAAGAAAUAAUACAUAAAAACGAAAUAAAAUUGGAAAGAGAUUAUUUUUCGCUGCAAUAAAUUAUGUUCCCAGUAGGUGACGCUCUCUGCCAACAUGGAGCACAACCUUGCUAUUGAGAAGCACACAUUGCGUUGAGCUUAACGAUUCUCAUCUCGUCAUCAUUUGUAACCACAGAGCAUGAAUUACCUCUUGAAGUCAUCAGUGAGAAUUUACGACUGGUCAACAAAAGCACGUGAUUCCUAAACGCACCCCCACCCCCAUAUUUGGCUGCAUACAUAGCAAAAACGAAGUACAGUGCAUUGCUAUAAUUCAUUAAUACAUCAUAAAUCGUGAAGCACAGCGUUAUAACGACCAAGAUCUACAAAUCAAGCCCUCUACAAUAACCUAAAUGAGCUCUUACUUUGUAAACUCGUUCUCAGGGCGCUACCCAAAUGGCCCCGACUACCAGUUACUAAAUUAUGGAACUAGCAGCAGCGCUAUGAACGGUUCGUACAGGGACUCCGGCACGAUGCAUUCGGGCUCUUAUGGCUACAGCUACAAUGGGAUGGACUUAAGCGUCAAUCGUUCAACCACCAACAACCACUUUGGGGCUGUUGGGGAUAACUCCCGGGGUUUCCAGUCUCCAGCCCCGGAGUCUCGGUUCAGACAGCCGUCUAGCUGCUCGCUUUCGUCUCCCGACUCCCUUUCUUGCGCCAACACCGAAACUCUGGGACCCAAAAGCUCCUCUCCCCCUUCCGACCAGAGCAACACCACCGCCAGCAAUAACCUCAACAACAGCACACAUUUCACAGAAUUAGACGAAACUAGCGCUUCUUCUGAGACCGAAGAAGGUUCCCACAGAAGCAGCAAUCCCACUACCCGGACACAGCAACAGGAAUCUACCGCAACCUCCACCACAGCAUCGACCGAUGGGCAAGCGCCACAAAUAUUCCCUUGGAUGCGGAAGCUACAUAUUAACCAUGAUAUGACUGGACCAGAUGGGAAAAGGGCCCGAACUGCGUACACCCGCUACCAGACGCUAGAGCUGGAAAAAGAAUUUCAUUUCAAUAGAUAUUUAACUAGAAGAAGGAGAAUAGAGAUAGCCCACGCGCUAUGUCUGUCGGAACGACAAAUUAAGAUAUGGUUCCAGAAUCGGAGGAUGAAAUGGAAGAAAGACAAUAAACUGAAAAGUAUGAGUCUUGCAACUGCAGGUAGCGCCUUCCAGCCCUGAAUAUUACCCAUACAAAUGAAAUGAGAAGGAAAAUGGGGAAAUAAAUAAAUAAAUAGAUAGAUAAAAAUACUAUUCCUCUGAGUACUGUACAGCGCAGCACCUUCGGUAUGUCGUUGAUGUUUUAGACAUCUUAAAAUUCCAGUAUGGUACUGCUAACAUAAACAUGAUAACUUGUGUUUAACUGUUGCUGUUUUUAUUGCUAUGGUAAUUAUUAUUUUAAAAAAGAAGAAUGCUCUCCAAUGCCUGUUGCUAUUGUUACACGUAUAGUUUAUGUGUUAAGUGCUAUGGUGAUGCUUUCUUGAAGGUUAGCAUGUUUCACGUGAACUCUUAAAUGUUAUAACUUAUUUACGAUCUAUAACAAGUGUAUAGUUCUAAGUUUACAAUAUGAAAUGAAUCAGUAUAGACUAGUUGCAGUUGCAGUGCUUUUUCAGAAACCACAUUGUGUGUUCCAUAUUCUCUUUAAUGUUACAUUCGUGUUAACUUCUUUUAUUUUUAUCGGGUUAUUAGAUCGUUGACUUAUUUCUGGAAAAAAAAUGAAAAUUAUUGUAAGGACUAGCCUCUUGUCUCCGUACAUACGUGUGUAUAAUUCUGUUAAAAUUGCAGUUGUAUAUUGCUGAAUCACCUCUAUGUCCCAAACCAGAUGUAAAUAUUACACAUUUUUAUUGUGACCAAUAGAUUAUUUGUAGUGGGCAGAGUGAAUAACAAGCGUUCUGUGGAAAAUGGCAACUGUCACGUCGGACUGCCUGUAAGCAUUUUGCCAAUAAGCUUUUUGUAUUUGUUUGUAGCUUAACUUGAAGUAAAAACCAACAAGACAAUAAAGUUUCUCUUACGUAGA